AUGAAGGGCGCCAGAAGAUCCGAACUAAUUAUUCCCCAGCAAAGGUCUCCUGGCCGGUGCCAAAGCUGUUCAAGGGAGAGAGCGAUCGACGAGGCUGUGGACUUCACAAAGCUCCGUUGGGAGGUUCUUCCAACGUACCUCCGGGAACCAAUUCAAACGCUUGACAAUAGUCCCAAGUGCCGAAACAGGACGGAGCCUCUGGCGGGCAUCCGGGCUCAGGCCCUAAACCCUGUGCCCGGCUCUGCGGGUCAUCGGCCUGGCCAAGUUGGAGAAGCCAACACAAGCCUUCAGGUGCUUGCUGAGACUGUCCCGACAUCCCCUGAAGAGGGUGACAUCGACUGCAAUCAAGAAGAGGGAAACUGCGAGACCAUCCGUGGCGGCAGCAGCAGCAACGACAGUGACAGGUCUGCUCUGGACUCGUCGAUUGAAAACAUGCUGGCCAGCAGCGAGGACCCUGAAGAGAAGGCAACAGAGGGGAACGAAGACACCCUGGAAAACUAUGAAAGCUCCACGAACGCCGACAGUGACUGGGUUUUACAAGGGACGUCGCCGCAGCAGUUCAUCUCCUGUGAAACAUCCCGUGCGAAGACCGUUUCCCUGGCUUCGCUGGACACGCAGAACGAAGUCGAUGCGUUCUUUGAGGAGGAUGUGAUUGACUUGGGGCUAGUGGACUCAGAAGAAGCUGGUGAGGAGAAAGAGCAUGCAGAGUGCGACAUUUCAGAUAUGUGGCACGGCGUCUGCCGCCUCCACGGCCUGGACAGCAGAGCUUUGCAUGAAACAGACAAGGGAGUGUUGGGAGCCAAAAGCGACGCCGACGACUGGACAGAUGUUGGGAUUCGACCAUUAACUGGCAAGGAAGAGCGUGAGGGCUGCGUCUGCAGCUGCUUGGUGCCGGACUGUACGGACUUCGGCGAAGAUGCGCGAACUGAAGAAGUGCAGCAGCAGCAUCAAGGAGGCCCCCAGGGAGCUCAAGAGCUUCAGACACAUCACGAGCAGAAGGAGCCCAAAGAAGGGACAGAAAAGGCGUCUGAGGAGGGCGGAAGAGUGUCCAAGAAAGAAGAAGGCGAGACGAAAACGUCUGCAGAGAACAACUCCACGCUUCGCGAAGUAACUAACUGCAGAGUGGAGCUGGCAGUGCAGCGCAUAGAGGAACAACAAAUGCGAAGGCUUGAAAGAGCCAACCUAAGCUUUGCGGAGCCCGGCCGCUUUGAGGCUGAGGUUUUGCGUAAGAGGCUGUUCUUUCCUCCAGGAUCCCGAAGGUGA